AGGUAUUACGUCACCGUGCGUCAGCGCACUCAGGACCACAGAAGAAGAAGAAGAAGCAGGAAGUAGCGGCAGCGUUAGAGCAGAUUAGCCUGGUUAGCUGCAGGCUAACGCGCUGUGAUGUGAGCUUCACCAGCUGAACUGUGUGUGACCCGUGUUGACCUCAGUGGGCGUUGCCGGGGGCGAUGGCUCUGAUCGAAGGCGUAGGUGAUGAGGUGACGCUGCUGUUCGGCUCCCUGCUGCUCCUCACCGUGCUGCUGCUCGCCUGGAUCUCCACCCGCACCUCCGAGCCCCCAGAACACCUGUUCACAUCUACCGUGGGCGCCGCCCCCUCGCAGAGGACCGGCACCGCCCACCAGAACUCACCCCCCACCUCCACCAACACCCCCACCACCUCCUUAUCCUCCUCCUCAUCACCCUCCAGCUCCGUGAGUGACAGCUCUCAGACAGAAGCUCCCACGGCCUCCACCCAGGAGGAGAAAGGGGAGGACGGCGCGGAGAGGGGGGAGGUAGGAGGAGAUGGGGUGAGGAACAGAGGAGGAGGAGGAGGAGGAGAAGGAGGAGGAGGAGAGUCGUCAUCGUCUCAGAGGAACAUGGUGGUCAGACUGAAGUUUCUCAACGACACAGAGAGAACGGCUCAGGUCAAACCACAGGACACCAUUGGAUACAUCAAACGGACCUACUUUGCGGGUCAGGAGCAGCAGGUCCGGUUGAUCUAUCAGGGUCAGCUGCUGCAGGAUGACGCUCAGACCCUGGCCUCUCUGAACCUGGUCCAUAACUGCGUCCUGCACUGUCACAUCUCCCAGCACGCGGGGCGGGGGGCAGCGGGGGGGCCGCGGCCCGCGGACCAGGUGCAGGUGGCCCUGAACGUGGGCAGCCUGAUGGUCCCACUGCUGGUCCUCAUGCUGUCAGUGCUGUGGUACUGUCAGAUCCAGUACCGGCAGUUCUUCACCGCCCCAGCCACGGCCUCGCUGGUCGGAGUCACCAUCUUCCUCAGCCUGGUGGCCUUCGGAGUUUACCGCCGCUAGCUGCUCUCUAAUUGGCUGCAGCCGGGGGGCGGAGCUUUCUCUGUGACCUCUGACCUCAGAGCUGGCCGGGACUCCAACCUGCAGGAGGAAACGGAUGCUGAUAGAGUUAAUGGUUUUUUUUUUUUUUGUGUUGCCAUGGAGAUGCUGAGUAAACAAGGACUUUAAUUUUUAUUUUUUUUAGAUCACGUUUCUGUAGGUUUUUCAUCAUCGUGCCUCUUUACUUUCUGAGAGUCUGUCGGACCUUUCUGUCUGUCCACCCGUCUGUCUGCUCACCUGUCUGUCUGGAGGAGGGUCCUGUGUGUAAAUUACAGCUUUUGAAGAAAGAGAAAUUCUAUUAAAUCAUUUAUUUAU